AUGUCAGGCUUAAGGACAAUAUCGACUGGUUCACCAAAGAAUUAUGAUUCCAUAAUGAAGAUUUUAUUAGUUGGAGAUUCAGGUGUUGGAAAAUCGUGUCUUUUAGUGAGAUUUGUAGAAGAUCGAUUCAAUCCGUCCUUUAUUACCACAAUCGGGAUAGAUUUCAAGAUUAAGACGGUGGAUAUAAAUGGCAAAAAAAUCAAGUUACAAUUAUGGGAUACUGCUGGACAGGAACGAUUUAGAACAAUUACUACUGCAUAUUACCGUGGUGCCAUGGGGAUUAUUAUAGUAUAUGAUGUGACGGACGAAAGAACAUUUGCAAAUAUUAAACAAUGGUAUAAGACUGUGACAGAACAUUCUAAUAGUGAAGCACAAAUCAUGUUAGUUGGAAACAAGAGUGAUAUGGACAACAGAGUAGUCACGUAUGAACAAGGUGAAGGGCUAGCAAAGGAGUUACAAGUACAAUACAUUGAGUCAAGUGCAAAAGAUGAUACAAAUGUUAAUGAAAUUUUCUUAAGUUUGGCGAGAUCAAUACAAGAGAAAUUAGAUUUAAAUGCAGCACAGUUUGGUGUUGGUAACAACAGUAAUAAUGGUACUAGUGGUGGUAAUAAUGGCAUUAAUAUAAAACUUAACAACGGGACUAACAAAUCAGGAUGUUGUUGA